UUUUUACUUUGGGGGGCUUCUUAUAUAUUGUAUUAUAUAUGAUUCUCCCGCGGGACAGGGGAGCGAUUGAUUUAGUAUAGUUAGAACUUAGGAUGUUACGUAUUCGGCAGUUCAGUUUUACUGCUCGGAAAAAUCUUCAUUCAAACUCUCAAAAAUGUUCAUACCCAUUAAACAAAUGAGAUUCAAAGUCUCAACCCCAAGUCUCACGAUUUGAUACCCACAAACCCAGCAUGACCGCUCCAUUUCCAUGAUUUUUCUUGGAUUUUAUUUUUUUAAACCCAAUUCUCUGAUGGGUAUAAAUAUCUUUGCUUCCCUCUUUAAAUCUUCACCUCUAUCCUCCAAAAGCUUUUGAUUUCUUUCUUGUUUUUCAAUCCUCUAUCUUUAUCUUUCUUGCCUCUUGUUCAAGAACAGGAUCCUACUUCUUGGGUACAAAUCUUUUCUGAUCAAUGUCGGCUUCAUUAAGUUCAACACCCGCCAUGGUUCAAGGAGUAGCUGAAAGUGAAGUGAAACAGAUGAAGCUACUUGCUGCAAUCAAUGAUGGACAUGAAGGUGUUAUUGUGGAAUUGAGUGAGCCUAUGUCGUCAGAAGUCUUUGGUUCAAUGCUUAAAGCUUCACUUGCUCACUGGAGAAAGCAGGGUAAGAGGGGUGUUUGGAUCAAAGUGCCUAUUGAAUUCGUCAAUCUAGUCGAAGCUGCUGUUAAGGAAGGGUUUUGGUACCAUCAUGCAGAACCAAAAUACCUGAUGCUUGUAUACUGGAUCCCAGAAGGCACUCACACUCUACCUGCGAAUGCAACUCACCGAGUGGGUGUUGGAGCAUUUGUCAUGAAUGAAAACAGAGAGGUGCUAGUGGUCCAAGAAAAAAAUGGAAUAUUUCGAGGGAUGGGUGUGUGGAAGUUCCCUACUGGAGUAGUUGAUGAGGGAGAAGAUAUCUGGGCAGCCGCAGUAAGAGAAGUUAAAGAAGAGACAGCUAUUGAAACAACGUUUAUAGAAGUAUUAGCAUUCAGGCAAAGCCACAAGGCAUUCUUUGGGAAAUCGGAUCUAUUCUUUUUAUGCCUGCUGCAACCCCUCUCCUUUGACAUUACGAAGCAGGAAUCAGAAAUCGAGGCUGCCCAGUGGAUGCCAUUGGAGGAAUAUCUAGCACAACCAUUCGUCCAAAAAAAUCAGCUUGUGAGGCAGAUUAAUGAUAUAUGCCUGACAAAGUUAGAUAAAACCUAUUCUGGGUUUUCUCCGUUACCUGCUACAUCAAAUCGCUCAGAUGAAAAGAGUUACUUAUACUUGAACGCUGGAGACAUGAAAUGGCAAUAAGAUCUGGUGAUCACCUGUCACUCUGUGGAAUCAUACUCAGGAAACCAUUCUAGUUCUACAAUUUCAGUUAUCAGGGAACAAUAAAUUCUGUUGGCGUGGUUCAUUCUUUAGAAAGGAAAAUAAAUAGUGUUGUAUUAUUGCAUUGUUUGAUUCAUUAUGACUGAUCUGUACGCUCACUGAUUAAUUAAGUAGUCUAUCUUUGUUCACUUAAA